GCCAGGCUUGGGGUGUCGGGGCCGUGCCCCGCGGCUUCUCUGUCUGACAGCAUCGAGAUUUGUGUUGGUAACUCCCGUAAACUUUCCAAGUAAACUCCCGUAAGGGGAGCCGGAAACUUAACUCCUUCACUUCCCUGGAGGGCAAGUUUGGGAAGCACACCUGGUGCAGACGGGGGAGGGGAUGGAAUGUGAGCCUGCUUCUGCGCAGGAGUGCUCUAGUGUGUUCCCACUUUCCUGUGUGGUGCAGCAGUAUGCCUGGGGGAAGAUGGGUGCAAACAGUGAAGUGGCUCGGCUACUGGCCAGCAGUGACCCACUGGCCCGGAUCUCAGAGGACAAGCCAUACGCAGAGCUGUGGAUGGGGACCCACCCCCGGGGAGAUGCCAAGAUUCUUGACAGUCGAAUCUCUCAGAGGACCUUAGGCCAGUGGAUCGCUGAGAACCAGGACUGCUUAGGCUCAAAGGUCAAGGACACCUUUAAUGGCAAGCUGCCCUUCCUCUUCAAAGUGCUCUCGGUUGAAACAGCCCUCUCCAUCCAGGCACACCCUAACAAGGAACUGGCAGAGAAGCUGCACCUCCAGGCUCCACAGCACUACCCUGAUUCCAACCAUAAGCCAGAAAUGGCCAUUGCCCUCACCUCCUUUCAGGGCUUAUGUGGCUUCCGGCCAGUUGAGGAAAUUGUGACCUUUCUGACAAAAGUGCCCGAGUUCCAGUUCCUAGUUGGAGAUAAUGCAACAACCCAGCUGAAGCAGAGCCUAAGCCAGGACUCCCAAGCCAUGGCCUCUGCUCUGCAGCGCGGUUUCUCCCACCUGAUGGAGAGCAAGAAGCAGCUGGUGGUGGAGCAGCUCAACCUGCUGGUGAAGCGGAUCUCCCAGCAAGUGGCUGCCGGAAACAAUGUGGAAGACAUCUGUGGGGAGCUCCUACUGCAGCUGCACCAGCAGUAUCCAGGUGAUAUUGGAUGCUUUGCCAUCUACUUCCUGAACCUGCUUACCCUGAAGCCAGGGGAAGCCAUGUUUCUUGAGGCCAAUGUGCCCCAUGCCUACCUGAAAGGAGACUGUGUGGAGUGCAUGGCGUGUUCAGACAACACAGUACGUGCUGGCCUGACAUCAAAGUUCAUCGAUGUGCCAACUCUGUGUGAAAUGCUCAGCUAUACCCCCAGCCCCAGCAAGGACAGGCUCUUUCCUCCAAAAUGGAGUCAAGAAGACCCCUACCUUUCUCUCUAUGCACCCCCUGUACCAGACUUCGCUGUUAUGAAGAUGGAGGUCCCUGGUUCAGACACUGAGUAUAAAGUCUCAGCAUUGGACUCUGCCAGCAUCCUCUUAAUGGUGCAGGGUACAGUGACAGCCAGCACUCCCACAGCCCAGGCAGAAAUCCCCCUGAAACGUGGUGGGGUGCUCUUCAUUGGGGCCAACGAGAGUGUCUCACUGAAGCUCACUGUGCCUGAGGACCUGCUGAUAUUUCGUGCUUGCUGUCUGUUGUAGAGGGCAUAGCCAUCCUGGCUCUCCUGCCCAGUCAUCUUAAAUCCUGGCCAGUCUUAACUCCUCAGGUCCAGCCCAAACUCCUUCCCUGCUCUGGACUCUUUAGUACUUCCUAGAAGAGCUGGUAUAGAGCAGUGAACUCAAAAGGUAGUGACUCCUAAGCAAGCCUAGGCUGAACCAUCUUCCUGGGAGGAGGGGCUCGUGUGAGGAGUAAGGGCCAAUACUCCACUUGUGUUCUCACCACACCUGAGACAGACUCAAUUGCAGGAUAGAGCAACUAUUUCACCUACAGUAUUAGACAGGUUGGUGAAAUCUAUGGUUAGCUCAGCAUCAGUUAUAGCAAAAGGGUAGUAACUAAUUUCUAAGAACAGGGUUCUGGCCCUGGGAGGUUAGGCCUGUGGGCCAGUAUUGCUCGUCACUCUCUUGCUUUGUCAAAGCAAUUAAAGAUCACUUGUAUUAAGGCA